AUGGCGGCAACAAAGAACCAGCUCGAAGGCCGGUCUUCCACUUGUGUUCGAAAAUACCGUAUAUUCGUUAUUUUCGUUGGAACAAUUCUGUGCGUCCAGGUAUACCUCGCCUACUCGUUUCUCAGAUUAGAGAAUCAAACCGGUGAAUCAUCUCCAGGCUCCUCCAGAGAGAUUGAGCCAGGUAAAUCAGAGAGAAACGAGGGACUGCCCGAGGGCUCAUACCAACUGAAAUUACCACCUGACAAGCCACUUAAUUCACCAAAAACGUCAUCGCAGAUUCAUUCCAAUCGGACAAUUGUUAAAUUGGAUCGUCAAUCGCUCAACUUUACGCCAAUUUGCGAUGUCACUGGACGUGAGGCUGUCAGUGCUGUCAGUAGGGCACACACUCAAUUAUGUAAAGAGACUAUUGUCAAUAUUACCUGCAUGAGUCAAAUGGGAAUGCUCUAUCCAGAGCAGUUGCACUCCUCCUGUCCGCACUCAACAGGUUUCAGGGAUAUCCCUCGUAAUUUGGGUUGCUUCAAGGAUGAUAAGACCCAGAGAAUUCUCUCUGGGUAUUAUUCGAUUUUGAAGGGCGUUAAUUCACCUCAACACUGCGCUUUUCUCUGCUUGCAGUCUGGAUAUCCGUAUGCUGGCACUGAAUACUCAAUAGAAUGUUUCUGUGGAGUGGAGGAACCUCCACAGACCAAGAGAUUACCAGACUCUAGCUGUAACAUGAAGUGUCCUGGAGAUCUUAAACAGUCGUGUGGAGGGUAUUUAACCAUCAACGUUUUCAAAACUGGAAUAAAAAAAUUCAAAGCUCAAGAGGCACGAAACAGUAGUGUAAAGACUGGCCAGGAAACACCGAUAAGGAUAGCCUUCCUCUUGACAGUAAAUGGACGAGCCAGUAGACAAGUUAAAAGACUGAUUAAUAUUCUUUACGAUCCUUCUCAUUUUUAUUACAUUCAUGUUGAUGCGAGACAAGACUACAUGUACCGAGAGAUGCUGGAAGUGGAGAAGAAGUGUUCCAAGAAGAACAUAAAAGUAGCAAAAGGUUCAGGUCUUCGUCACGCAAGUAUCUGGGGUGGGGCAAGUCUCUUGACAACUCUCCUAACAUCAGCCAGACAGAUGCUGCAGCACUCAAAAGACUGGGACUUCCUUGUGAACCUGUCAGAGUCCGAUUUUCCAGUGAAGAGUAACGCUCAACUGGUGGACUUUCUCACCCUGAACAAAGGCUUGAACUUCGUCAAGUCACACGGGCGAGAGGUCCAGCGUUUUAUAACAAAGCAGGGACUUGACAAGACAUUCGUGGAGUGUGAGGCCAGAAUGUGGCGUCUAGGGGAUCGCCAGCUUCCCAAGGGCAUUCAAAUUGACGGUGGUAGUGACUGGAUGGCCCUGAGUCGAGAUUUCGUCGAAUUCGUGACUGAUCCUCAACCUGAUCCCCUCGUUAGUGGUCUCCUCCAAGUGUUUCGGUUCACUCUUCUCCCAGCAGAGUCUUUCUUCCACACAACCCUCAGGAACUCUAUAUUCUGCGACACAUACGUCGAUAACAAUCUCCACGUGACUAAUUGGAAACGCAAACUCGGCUGCAAGUGUCAGUACAAAGCUGUUGUUGAUUGGUGUGGGUGCAGCCCCAAUGACUUCAAACUUGAGGACUUGAAUAAACUUCGAAAUACUGCGGAGAAGAAUCUCUUCUUCGCGAGGAAGUUCGAGCCUGUCGUCGAUCAGAGGAUCAUCGACAAGAUUGAGGAGUGGUUGUACCCCGAAAGGUACAACAACUCAAUAAUGAAGGGCUACGACAGAUACUGGCAGAGUAUCUAUCACCACGCUGAUCAGACUCCCCUCGUCGACGACACAGCCCUCACGAUUUCGAUCUCCCUCUCGAGAAUAAUUUACUCUAAAUACGAUACGAUCUCCAGCCACAUUCGCCUCCUAGAAACAACAGGAUACUUCGAGAGCAAUAAAUUCAAGGCAAUCCUGGUGCACGCCGAAGUAGAUAUCAAGGGUUUUGAGUCAUCGACGUACCAGAAUGAUUUCCCGGAGAGAGUCGAGGGCUUCAUCGUCCCCAGGCAUCAAUUUACAACGAGCAAAACGUGGUCACGACGAAUUCGACACUUGGAAGUUAACACGGAUUACGACCAGAAGGAGCAGAUGUUCAGGAAUUUCCUGGGUGGAAUUGGCCCUCUCUCUAGUCCCAUUUUAUCGUACGAGUUUGAGGGUUCUCUGGUGACGCCCAGGAACCUCACCGUCCUGUGGAUUGAUCCCAGGGGGAAUUGCGUGGACGUCAAUCAUUUACAGGUAGAAGAGAUGUCGUUAAUUGGGUCGUUGAAGCCUCAGUUGGAGGAGCCUCUGGUCAUUGGGGAGUGGCAGGUGGUUCUCAUGACUGAUUCUCUGGUGGCCAGUCAUCUCAGGUUCCUCGUGACUCCUUUCGCCUUUUGGAAGAACCGAAGGAUCACCCCGAGAAAGGCCAGGGAACUGCACAAUGGACCUCGAGAGAGGCAUCGAGAGUAUCCCGAGAUCGACAGCAAGUGGCUGUCAAUUCUCAAGGACGCAAAUGUCAAGAUAAUAGGGGAUAAGGACCACCGAAAUUUCACGGAGAAUAGGGUGGGGGUGGAAUUAAAUGCGUGGAUUGAUGAGCUGGUGGAGCAGUUCUACAGGGUCGACAGGAUUUGCCUUGGGGAUGACUCCAGAAUUAACAGGACAACAAAGAGUCCCAGGAAAUGCUCACUCUGUGAUUGGAGCUCCAUGAGUCCAGAUCCUAAGGCUGAUACUCAAUAUUUGGGGGGAAUUUAGGGGAUUAGUUGUAUUAUAAAGCCAUUCCGAUGAUUCAGCGGUGGAGUGGAAGGCAGGGGAGAAUUGGAAAAAUUCUCCAGUUUUUUGCAGAAUGUCUGUUACAUUUUUUAUGAGCAUUCAUGGAAAAACUAGAAUUUUUUCAAUGACAGUGAGAAAAUUGAAAAUUUUAGUAGUUUUGAUGAUUUUUAUUUUUCGGCAGAACCUAUUGUACAAGUUAGAUUUUCGAAAUAUUUGGGUAGAAUGUUGAGGCAUGAAAAAAUACAGAAUGUUCAUGUGGAAAUAAUUUUCAAGUAGAGAUAUUUUUUCGUUCUGCCACUCCACAGUUGAAUUCAUCAUUCACGAGAAUGAAAAAUCCUAGCGCCUUUGUAUAAAAACAUCUUCGCAUAUUUUUUAUAACUGGAUAUUAUUACGAUUGUAUAUAUUGUAUUUGUAUUGAACAAUAUAACUACCUAUAUAAAAUUUUUA